AAUAACAAUAACAAUAACAACAGCAAUACUAAAAAUAAUUGUAAGCCAGAAACGUACAAUAAUAGCACGUAUUUUACUUGCUAUUGACUAGCAGAAAUUUUAACUGCAUUCCCUUAUAAUAUUUGUGCUACUGUUGUAGUCGCUGCUGUUGCUUUUACUGUCACCGUCGCCAUCAGCGUCGCUGUUACUGUUGCCAGUGCAGCUGCUGCUGCUACUACUACUACUACUACUACUUGUACUGCUAUUGCUUAUUUGUUAAGUUAUAAGCAACAAUUGAAGCAAAUCUGUUUCCACCACACUGCUGUCAGCGUAGUUAUGGUGGAUCCAUUAAAAAUCUUUUGGGUUUUGACAAAUAGCACCUAUUUGGUUACAAAAUUUGUACGCAUUGGUAUUGCCGAUAAAAACGAUUCACCACCAUUUUUCGAUAGAUUCCUAUACGAGACUGAGAUAGAUGAAAAUGCUGAUUUGCAGACAACAGUACUCACUGUCAAUGCCAAGGAUCACAAUGAGUCCUCGAAUAUUCGAUACCAGAUCACAGGCGGUAACAUAGGCAAUGCCUUUGGUGUGCAAAAUAAUACCGGAGCAAUAUAUGUAGCAAAUCCCUUAGAUUACGAGACAAGACCUAGGUAUGAGCUCCGCCUAGAAGCCUCUCGUAAUCGCAAAUCAAACUACACCACCGUCGUCAUAAAUGUGCGGGAUGUCAACGAUAAUCCACCGGUUUUUGAUCGUCAAACAUAUCGCACUCAAAUUACAGAAGAAGACGAUCGCAAUCUGCCGAAACGUGUACUACAGGUUACGGCCACCGAUGGCGAUGUACAUAGACCAAUGAAUAUUGUAUAUUUCCUCACCGGACAAGGUAUUGACCCAGAUAAUCCAGCAAACAGUAAAUUUGAUAUAAACCGCACCACUGGAGAUAUUUUUGUGUUGAAGCCACUCGACAGAGAUCAACCCAAUGGGCGACCACAAUGGCGUUUCACAGUUUUUGCACAAGACGAAGGUGGUGAAGGACUUGUCGGCUAUGCCGAUAUACAAGUAAAUCUGAAGGACAUAAACGACAAUGCACCACAAUUUCCGCAGGGAAUUUACUUUGGUAAUAUUACCGAAAAUGGCACAGCCGGCAUGCCGGUAAUGACAAUGUCUGCCAUUGAUUAUGAUGAUCCGAACGAAAGCACAAAUGCCAAACUCAUAUAUUCCAUUGAGAAAAAUGUCAUUGAGGAAGAGACGGGUGCGGCCAUAUUCGAAAUUGAAUCCGAUACUGGCGUAAUUAAAACAGCUGUUUGUUGCUUGGAUCGCGAACGUACGCCAGAUUAUUCCAUACAAGUAGUGGCCAUGGAUGGCGGUGGCUUGAAAGGUACUGGCACUGCUUCCAUACGAGUUAAAGACUUAAAUGACAUGCCACCACAAUUCACAAAAGAUGAAUGGUUCACCGAAGUCGACGAAACUAAUGGUACUGUCAUUUCGGAACAACCGAUAUUAACAGUAACCGUACAGGAUGAAGAUGAAACGAAUACAUUUCAGUACAAAGUCGUACCGAAUAGUGGUUUCGGUGCUGAUAAAUUCACUAUGGUACGAAAUAGUGAUGGUACGGGUUCUUUGAAAAUUGUACAACCGCUCGAUUAUGAGGAUCCUAUGCAAAGCAGCGGUUUUCGUUUUCGCAUACAAGUGAAUGAUAUGGGCGAAGAUAACGACAAUGACAAGUAUCAUGUCGCUUAUUCGUGGGUUGUAGUUAAAUUACGGGAUAUCAAUGAUAAUGUGCCGCAUUUUGAACGUGAUCACAUUGAAGUGGCUGUCUAUGAGGACACCAAAGUAGGCACAGUACUAGAGCAAUUUCGUGCUACCGAUGCUGAUCAGGGUGGACAUAGUAAGGUCAGCUAUAAAAUUGUUCGUGCUUCAAAUAAGAAACGUCAAUUUGCUAUAAGUCCUAAAGGUGCUGUUAGUAUACAACGACCUUUAGAUCGUGAAACGAUGAGUAAACAUUUUGUACAGAUAUUAGCUAUUGAUGAUGGUUCAAUACCACGCACAGCUACGGCUACUUUGACAGUUGUUGUCAAGGAUGUAAAUGAUAAUGCACCGGUGUUUCUUAAAGAUUAUCGUCCUGUGCUGCCAGAAAAUGUAUCACCACGUAAGAUUAUUGAAAUUGCUGCACAGGAUGCUGAUGAUCGGGCUCGUGGCAAUGGUGGACCUUUCAGUUUUCGUAUGGAUCCACUAGCUAGUGAUAUUAUACGAGCUAGUUUCAAAGUAGAACAGGACAGACGAGGUGACAAUGGUAACGGCAUAGCCAUCAUUUCAUCAUUGCGUCCCUUCGACCGUGAAAAGCAAAAAGCAUACCUUAUACCAAUCGAAAUUAAGGACAAUGGCACGCCACCCAUGACCGGCACUAGCACGUUAACCGUCAUCAUUGGUGAUGUGAACGAUAAUAAAAUGCUGCCGGGCAGCAAGGACAUAAUCGUCUACAAUUACCAAGGACAAUCGCACGAUACGCAAAUUGGACGAGUGUACGUGCACGACUUAGAUGAUUGGGAUGUGCCGGAUAAGAAGUACUAUUGGGAGGCACAAGAACAUCAGCGUUUCAAGCUGGAUACAGAGACUGGUUUGUUGACGAUGCGUGCGGGUACCAGACGUGGUCGCUAUCAAUUACGCUUCAAAGUUUACGAUCGUGAGCACGGUCAGGUUGAUAUACCAGCGAAUAUAACAGUUGUAGUGCGUGAUAUAACCCAAGAAGCUGUUCAGCAAGCCGGCUCGAUGCGCCUAGCCGGCAUUAGUGAUGACGAUUUCAUACGGGUUUGGAAUUACGUACAACACACAACGCAGCGUUCGAAGUUAGAACGAUUCCGUGAAAAGUUAGCAGAACUAUUGUACACAGAUCGUGAAAAUGUGGAUGUUUUUAGUGUGCAACUCAAGUCUGAGCACCCACUCUACACAGAUGUGCAUUUCUCGGCACGCUCAACGAAUCAGCAACCAUAUUUCAAAGCGGUACGAUUGAAUGGCAUUGUGCUGAUGCAUCGUGAAGAAAUUGAAAAGGAUGUGGGUCUCAACAUAACGAUGGUGGGCAUUGAUGAGUGUUUGUACGAGCAAAGACGUUGCGAAGGUUCUUGCUCAAAUCGCGUUGAAAUAAAUAAGGUUCCUUACACAGUUAAUGCAAACAAAACGGCGUUAGUGGGUGUGCGUUUAGAUAUAAAUGCGGAGUGCAUAUGCAGAGCACGAAAUUUCAGCAAGGAUCACACCUGUCGGCAACAUUAUUGUUUCAAUGGUGGUCGCUGCGUUGAAGCGCGAAGUGGUCCAAAAUGUGUAGCUUGCCCUGUUGGCUAUAAUGGACCGCGUUGCCAACAAUCGACGCGUAGUUUUCGCGGUAAUGGUUGGGCCUGGUAUCCACCAUUACAACUGUGUGAUGAGUCACACCUAAGUCUUGAAUUCAUAACACGCGAACCUGAUGGUUUGGUGCUGUACAAUGGACCAAUUGUGCCACCGAAGUCUGGGGAAAUGCUACUGACUGAUUUCAUUGCCAUUGAACUUGAGCAAGGCUACCCGCGUAUGUUAAUCGAUUUCGGUUCGGGUACUUUAGAACUACGUGUUAAGACUAAAAAAACACUUGAUGAUGGAGUCUGGCAUCGCUUAGACAUUUUUUGGGACACUGAAAAUGUUCGCAUGGUUGUGGAUUUCUGCCGCACAGCAGAGGUAUAUGAAAUGGAAGACGGUUCAGCACCGGAAUUCGAUGACAAUUCGUGUCAAGCACGCGGGCAAAUACCACCGUUUAGAGAAACACUCAAUCUUAAUGUGCCACUGCAAUUGGGUGGUCUAUAUCGCCAGCAUUUCGAUCAAUCACUUUACCAUUGGCAAUAUGCAUUUACAUCCAAGGGAUUUGAUGGUUGCAUACGCAAUGUCCAUCACAAUUCACAACAUUACGAUCUCGCUUUCCCUGCACUCUCACGCAACAGCUACCCCUCUUGCCCACAAACUGACGAAGUGUGUUUGAAAACCGAACACACUGCACGCUGCUGGGAGCAAGGAAAUUGCGUUGCGAGUCUAGUACAAGCGAAAUGUCUUUGUCAACCCGGUUGGACAGGACCAACAUGUAAUAUACCCACCAUACCAACUACUUUUAAGCCACAAAGCUAUGUAAAAUACGCGCUAAGCUUCGAACCAGACCGCUUUAGUACACAACUGCAACUGCGUUUUCGUACCCGCGAGCUGCAGGGCGAACUAUUCCGAGUCAGUGAUCAGCACCAACGAGAAUAUGCCAUACUUGAACUUAAGCAAGGGCAGCUGCAAUUUCGUUACAAUUUAAAUUCAUUAAGAGCGGAGGAGCAACAAUUAACAUUGAGCGCCAUCCCUGUCAAUGAUGGCCAAUGGCAUGUGGUGCGUGUGAACCGUUUCGGCUCAGCAGCGAUACUUGAACUGGACGGUGGUGAGGGACGGCGUUAUAAUGAAACAUUUAAUUACGUUGGCCAUCAGUGGUUGUCUAUCGAUAAACAGGAGGGCGUUUAUGCUGGCGGCAAAGCCGAAUACACUGGCGUUAAAACUUUUGAAGUGCAGGCGGAUUUUCAAAAGAGCUGCCUCGAUGAUAUCAGACUCGAUGGCAAGCAUUUACCCUUACCACCCUCCAUGAAUGGCACGCAGUGGGGUCAGGCGACAAUGGCGCGCAACUUGGAACGUAAUUGUCCAUCGAAUCGUCCAUGUUCGAAUGUUAUCUGCCCGGAUCCGUUCGAUUGCGUUGAUUUGUGGAACGAGUAUGAAUGCACUUGCAGUGAAGGACGCGUUAUGUCUGCAGAUACCAAAGGCUGCGUUGAUCGUAACGAAUGUCUUGACCUGCCCUGCUUGAAUGGUGCUACAUGCAUAAAUCUGGAACCACGUCUACGUUACCGCUGCAUAUGCCCCGAGGGAUAUUGGGGUGAAAACUGUGAGCUAGUACAAGAGGGUCAACGCCUGAAGCUUAGUAUGGGUGCUUUGGGUGCCAUUUUUGUCUGUUUGAUUAUAAUAUUGAUUCUUGCGCUAAUUUUUGUGAUAUACAAUCGCAAACGUAAGACAACAAAGAAGAAACGUGCUGGCCCUGAAAAGGAUGUACGCGAAACUGUCAUAAGCUAUGAUGAUGAAGGUGGCGGCGAGGAUGAUAUGACAGCUUUCGACAUAACACCACUGCAAAUUCCUAUCAGCGCUGCAGGCACCAUACCACCUGACAUCGCUGCAUGCAAGAUGCCAAUAAUAUAUCCUGUUAUGACUCUACUACCCGGACAAGAAUUGAAUGUUGAAUUCUUAAUGGAGGAACGCAAGAAACGUUUCGAUAAGGAUCCAAAUGCACCGCCAUUCGAUGACUUGCGAAAUUUCACAUUUGAAGGAAGUGGCAGCAUUGCUGAAUCUUUAAGUUCAUUGGCAUCGGGCACCGAUGACGAGAAUCAAGACUUCAACUACUUGGAAGGAUGGGGGCCGCGUUUUACCGCUUUGGCUGCUAUGUACGUGCAGGAUAAAGGAAAAUCGCAGGAAAAAACCGCCAACGAUGAGGAUGAAAAUGUCGUUUUAUAAAAGUAGGCUAAAGUGUAACGUACGCGUGUAUUGAGCCAGGCACCAAAAACGUUCGCAGUUGAAAACACAAAAUCUACAAAAUCCACAAAAACUUGAAAAUACAAAAAAUAUAAAUAAUGAAUUGCAGAAGUAAUAAAGAAAGUUGCAAGUAAAUGCAAUGUAAAAACAAUAUUAAACAAAAACAAUAUUAAAAAAAAAAUUUAUGAAAAAAAAACAGAAAACAGAAAACAGAAAACAUAAAAGGAAAUUAUAUUUAAAUGUAAUGCAAGGAAAAUUGUACUCAACCUAAAAUGAUGCAACUAUGCCGACAUGAAAGUUUCAUUUUUCUUUUAAUUUUCUAAAGAUUUAUUGUAUAAGCUAAAUUUAAAAAUUU